CACAAUUGGACAUUAGUUUUCUUUCUAGACCUCAUAUAUGCAAAUAUGCCGUUGUGGUUUUCGAAUUUGUUUUUUGCGUUUUGAUCGAGGAUGACAAAAAUCUAAAGUAGUUUCAAUUGUAGUUGGAUUUGGCUAAAAAUUUGUUCUCCAAGAAUUGUGAAUAGCCCGAGUUCCAAUGGGUUUUCUGAUUAAAGAGUUAAAACAUGAGAAGGUGAUGAGGGCUUAUCAGAAGUUUAUUCUAUGGCAAGAAAUAAGAUAGAAAGUUAUGUGUCAAUUUUCACACAUAUAUAUAAAGGAUUUUGUUCAUCCCUUUGCUUGAGAAAUUAAUCCUAAAGAGUAUAGCUUCUUGGAGGUCCUAAGAAAGUUUUCCAGAUAUCCUUUUUCAUCUACUAGUUUAUAAGGUUAAAGUCUUAAAGAUGGCAAACCCCAAAGGCACCACCCGUGGCCUAGCAUCUAUUAUUGUGAUCAUGACAUUAAUUCUCUCCAAAACUGCAGCACAAGUAGUAGCAAAUAAUGUGUCAAAACCCAUUAAAAUGAAGGACAAUACUGUUAGAGUUGAUCCAUUUGAUAAUUUAAAAAAAUACAGAGGAGGAUUUGACAUCACCAAUGUGCACUAUUGGACUUCAGUAUUCUUCACAGGAAUAUUUGGAUAUGCAAUUGGGGGGCUUUGGCUUUUGUUAGGAAUUGUGUGUGGAUUACUUUUUGUAAUAAACAAAUUUUGUUGCCAAAAAGAUGGAGGAAGAAACACCAAGAAAUGUCUUCCUUGUAUUUGCAAGAGUUGUCAUUUUUCGCCAAUUCCUCUGAUUAUGUCACUCAUCAUAUUAAUUAUGGUUGCUAGUGUGAUAGUUUACAUUGGGAGUGCAAAAUUCUAUUCUGAAUCAAGGACUUCAGUUAAGGUUAUAAUCAAGAUAGCAGCUGACGCGUCAGAAAUCAUACACAAUGCAACAACAGCAUUAGGACAAAUCCAAAAAGCGUUGGUGGGAUCCGGUAUUAGUGAAGACAUUUCUACAAAACUUAACUCUACGGCUAAGAAAUUAGAUAAUGUUGUUGACAAAAUCGUAAACAUAACUACCAAAAAUAGGCGCACUGUUAACAAGGCUUUCAAAGUAAUGUUAUUAUUUCCUAUUGUGAUCGUAAGCUUGAAUUUAGUUGCAGUACCAUUUUUGUCAGUUUUUGGAGUAAAGAUGUAUUGGAAGCCAUUUUACCUGCUUGUUAUACUGUGCUGGUUGAUGACGGCGUUGUGCUGGCUAAUCUUUGGAUUGUAUUUCUUCUUGGCAAAUUUUUCUAGUGAUACGUGCACAGUUCUUUGCAACUUCGAAGAAAAUCCCUAUAACAACAGUCUAACCUUCAUCCUCCCUUGUAAUGAGUUGCGCUCAGCAAAAUCAAUUCUACAUGAAAUUGGUGCACGGUUCUCCAUCCUUGUCAAUGAGGUGAAUGCAAACUUGGCGAAUUUGAUUCCAGAUAAUGUUACCCUGUGCAAUCCUUUCACAGGACCACCUGAAUAUUUAUAUCAGACAGAGCAUUGCCCACCUAAUUCUUUUCAAGUAGGAGAUAUCCCAAAGGUAUUGGAGCCUUAUACUUGUUUUGAUGAUGAAAAAUGUAGCAGUGAAGAUUUAUUAGUUGGUAGUGAAUAUAGGUUAAUUGAGUCUUAUGCAAUGCCAAUUCAGAGCCUACUGAAUAUGAUUCCUUGGAUGGAUCACUUGAUAGGAUGCAGGUUGGUGAAAGAUGCAUUCUCUCAAGUCCUGGAGAAACACUGCAAGCCUUUGAAGAAAUCUGCUCGGAUGGCAUGGAUAGGUUUGGUGUUUCUUGCAGUGAUGAUGAUGUUUUUAAUUGUGUUAUGGACAAUCAAGGCUUGUCAAGAUCACCACAGUUAUCAUCCUUCAGAUUCUCCUGUGUAACCAACCCCAUUUUGUAAUAGGAAUUUAGGAAAUAAUAAUGAUAAUUGAGACCAGUUUAAGAGAUUAAUCACACUAAUCAUAGCAACCGCAA